CGGGUUUGUACGGCAUGCAUACCUGAGCGGUGUACCUGACGGGUUAGUCAUGGAAGGAGCGCGUCUCCAGGUCAUAGAUUCAAGAAUUGGAUAGAAGUGAGAUCUUGCCUGUCAGAUUCUGUCAUCUGUCGAGUUUUUACGUUUUCUUUCUAUCUGUUGACAGCGCUACAAAGGAACUUGAGAGAGAGGUGCGCAUCAUUAACUGCGUGAAGCCAAGACGUGGAUAGGUGCGACUCACUCAAUUGCUUGAGAUCAACAAAUCUCACUGAUAAUUCGCGGACAGGAAUUUGGUUGUACAUACAGCGAGUCAUCGAUCGGAUACACGCCAAAUUGUUGGGAACUUUAACCAGGGAUGGCCCCGAUAAGGUCCCAGUUAUUGUGAACGGGUGCGUGUGCAUGAAGGACAGACUGGUAAGGAGAAAUUAGUGUCGUCUGCUCAUCACAUUUACUUGUGAAAAUGUCGUCUGCUGAAGAGGAAACUGCCUCGUGUUCAUCGUCGCAAGGCGUAAGUGAUGUGUUGGUGCUAGGCGAUGACGUCUCACUGAAUAGCGACACAGAUUUCAGCGAUAUUGUGGGAAAAUUUGACACAGGACUGUGUUUGGAACCGGAUACCAACAUAUCUAUCGGAGAUGGAGACAAUAGUUUACGGGACUCUGAUUCCAUGGGAGCUGCCUCUAGCAACAGUAGUGUGAAAGAGGACGUUGUUGAGGAAGACCCUAGCGACGACGACAACGCAGAGGAAGAAGAGGAAGAGGAGGAGAAGCCCACAGCUAACGGUACUUCAGCUGUUGCCCUAGCAGGGGCUAUGGGAGAGGCAACGGCUUCCGAGGCAGGGGGCAAAGACGGUAAAAAAUCAAAAUCUGUGAAAGAGUCUAGUCCCACUAAGGAAAAGAAGAAAAAGAAGUCCCCAUUUGCUCUUCUAAGGAGGUUAACUAAGUUUGAUAAAAAACCGAAACACAAACCGUUUCCUUCCGAAUUCAACCAGAUUCGAAUUGAUCGUCUACCUCAGUUGUUUGUGGCCAAGUACCUGGGCAAGAAGGACUCCAAGGGCUUGUAUGGACUCCACCAUGUGAGGAAACCAGUGGACGAGAUGGUCAGUAAGGUCAAGAAGGGUCUUGAGGCUACAGACCGCCUGGAACUUCCCUUGGUAUACAUUGUGUUCACACUUAAGGGCAUUGAUAUAAGAGAGCAUAAACUGAACAAGGUCAAGGGAGUUGAGUACGGUAUGAUCCCAAUAGAUUUCAUAUCGUAUGGUGUACAGGACAUCAAGUACUGGCGAGUUUUUACGUUCAUUGUUGUAAAGGAACUCUCAUCACGAACCAAGGUGACUGAGUGCCAUGCCUACCUGUGUGAUUCUUCUCUGAACGCCCGCAAGAUGGCACUGGCCCUAGGUGCCUCGUUCAAGCUGUACUCCAGGAGGUUGUCGACGGAGGGUAAGUCCCAUAACUUCCAGGUGGAACUCCGACCCCCGGAUGAGCUCGCCGAUGCUUUCUCUAAGGAGUACGAGGCUUAACAUGGUCGAAGAGUAGACCCAUAGCUGACGUCGGAUACGCUUCCAGCUAUGGCAUCAAACAUCCAUGGCUAUUCAUGAGUACCCGUGUAGGAUACGCGUGUGCUUCCUGACAUUAUCCUAUUACCAAAUCUGAAAACAAAUGUUCCAGAAAGACACUUUUAUCAAGUACUUAUGUUAUCCUGUGAUUGAACCACGAGAAUAAGGUAAUUCAAAGCGUGUACCAAUUUGUCGAAGAUCAAUAAGUGUGAGUGGGGAUAAGGAACAUACAACCCACGCCCCGAUUCCGGGUGGUGGUGCGUGCACGUGAUCGGAUUAAUAUUGACCUGCCUUUUGAAGGAUAACAACUGCUGGCUGUACGAAGGGUUGUAACCCUUCCAGUGAUUUCCGGUUUACAAUAUCUUUGGAGUAGGGGCUAUGCUUCCAUGACCCCAGGGUCAGACACGCCCACCCUCCCACGUGGUGGAUGUGCAACAUGGUAUUACAUGUUUCUACAGGUGUAACUUAUAUAUUGGGUGUACCAUAUUUUACGAAACGCCAUAUUUAAUUUUGUACUUGUUUAGCAUAUUAUGACAAUAUCAAACCUUAAUCUUUACUAAAUGUCCCAGUGUAUAUGAAAAUACCACGGUAUAUAAUAUAAAAAUUAUAUGUACUUAAUUAAUUUAACUGGAGCCUAAUGUGUAUGAUUCUCGUCGUGACCUUUCUGCCAUAUUGUUUUGUUUCAUAUCAUCUUGCCACCCUACAAUCAGAGUCGGUCGGUAACGUUGAUAAAUAUUUACACUCCAGUGAAAACAUUGUUGUCAAAUAUUUCGUUUGUCUGAUGGAAAUGUUAUUUUAAAUUAUUGAAGCCACAACUAUUCAGCAGAAACAACUGCUUGUCCGCGUGAAGUUAAUCAUAGAUGGCGUGUACUGCUGUGAAUAGCUUGAACGCAUCCACAUGGACGUCACUCGCGGCAUCGUUCUAACGCUAUGUCGACCGUCAAUCUGUACUACCGCAACACUUGUUGAUAGGUCGUCUGUGGGCUAAAUCGUCUAGUUAAAAUCACCUUUCCAAAUUGAUGCAACUGGCUGUUUUCAUUUGUAUAUGUAAAUAUUAGCACAGCGGUUUAUGUCGAUAGUGGCUGAAUGACGCAGUACUGACACGCAUCACCUUGCUCCAAGGCAAUGGGUAGUGAGGGAUUGAACACCUGUAAAAAGUAAUACAAAUCCAGGGAAUUAUAACUUAUUAAUAUCAUCUACCAGUCCGUGUUCUUGCCGCUUCCCAUAUAUUCACUCUGGUCGCAUGUAGACCGACUCUCGCGUUAAAGGGACUCUCCGGGUGUUUUUUUCAAUUCUGCGUUGAUUGAUCAUAUAUGACCUUUACAGCCAUGCAAAUUAAUGAAGGUCAUGUGUUAUGAAGGUCAUGACUCUUAAGUACACAAGCGUUUUAGAUAAAAAGAACAAAGACACAAUUCUUCUCUGAAAUUGUUUUGUGUGUGCUCAGAAAGCCCUUUAUGCCUUAACAAGUCAUAAUGUUCAGGAGCUGUCGUUAACAACCAUGACGGCUCCAGAUAGGAGCUAUUUAUACACGUACAUCUCUACUUAAGUAUGUAUAUCGUUGUCCAGGGAUGGGACAGUCCUACUGUUCUUAAUGAAAUGUAUAUGUGCCAAGGUUUAUUUCAAACAAAAUUAGUCACUACAAGAAUAAUAAUACCGUAAUAAAAUAUUUAGACUAUA